AUGCCAUUAGGUAAUUCAGGAGGCACCCCGCUGCUUGACUCAACUUCUCCACGGCCAACAGCAAUCACCACCAACCCAGGUCCACCUGUCGUCUCGGGAGCAACCAGCGCAGAGAUAAGCUCCGAUCAUGGACCUUCCACCACUACCCUCGCACUUGCAGUCACUGUCCCGAUCGGUGUUGMCGUCGUUCUAGGGAUCAUAGCCAUAGUUGUGCUCAACAAGUGGCGCAGCCCCACCAGAAGUCGCACCAAUAGCAACGCCAGCUCAAAACCGAUCUGGAGGGAGAAGCUCGGCCUACUUCGUAGUAGCAACAGCAGCACAGCCAGUAGUAGAAGCAGCAGCAGUAGUUCCUUCAUCAGUGGCCCCAUCAGCACAGCGUUGCACAAUCAUCCAUACUACGAAAGUCAGCCUCGACCUUUCAGCGGGGAGCAAGAGCAGCAACCUGUGGAAGAGAGCCCGCCGCAGACUUUGGCAACCACGCCCGGCGUUGUCAUCUUCGAAACGCCUCCACCACCAUACAUUCAAGAACCUGCUCCAGAACUACCCAAUCUACCCGCGGGACUGGCACGACUGAGCUAUCAGCUCCCGCCAUCUCGACGAGCUGCCCGACCAGCAUCCGAGCUUCGCAUUUCUGUACAAAUGGCCAACGCUCUCCGCAUCUCCGCUCGCUCCAUCGGCUUCCCACGAAACCUACUCCCAGUCAGCGAGAAUGCCCCAUCUCACCCCCCUCUUCCCGAAGACCUCGGACGCUGGAGCUACCCCCAUAAUCAUCCUUACCAUCAACAACAACAACGUCCGCAGAGCGUCCCAGCACUCCCACCAUCACCCGACACGGAAGAGCUCCGCCACUCUACUCUUGCUCGAUUUCCCGUGCCCCCCGCCAUCCCAACCUCGACCGAGUUCCGCCCAUACACACCAACGACACAAAGUCUCACCGUGCCCCAAAUGCAAAAGUUGCAACAAUACCGCAACACUUCUCCCGAUAUUGCAACUCCCGCUUCCCCGGAAUCCCCCAUCUGGGGCCAUGCAUUCUCCGACUACCAAUCAAUCCGACCUUCUCAUUCCGUCCGCAGUUUCACCAGCACUCUCUACUCGGACACGGCUUCCGUACAUAGCGCACGUGCGACUAUGGGCAUGAGCGCGAGACCCACACCUAUCAUGACCCAAGGACAAGGAUUCUUUGGGGACGCGCAGAGGUGUGCUAGUUCUGCGCGCUAA